GCCGCGCGCCGCGGCGCCGGAAAAGGGCAUCGAUCAUAUAAGGAGGAGAGCAACACCAGCGGCGCACCACCCUCUCCAUCUCCAUCUCCCUUUCCCUCUCUGCCGGCCUCGAUCGGCUCAGCAUCAGCUCCCCCGGCCCGCCCGUUAGUUCCUCCUUCUCCCAUCCUGGCCGUGACACGCACGCCUUGACAUCGAUCGACGACGACUCUAGCCUCGCUCGCUCGUUCCUUCCUUCCUCUCCGCACCACCAAACCCGGCACGACGACACCCGCCGGCCGGCCCAGAUAUAAAGCAGCGCGGACUUGUGCGGCCGAGAGAGGCACACCGUUCGACGCGACGUGUGUAGAGCGAGCGAGGGAGCAAGGUGAUCGAUCUAUGGUGCUGAGGGCUUGUGCAAUGGAGGGCGCGGCGGGCAGUUUCGGCGUGCCGUACUACGAGUGGCUCAAGCCGCGGUCGUCGUCGCCACCGUUGCCGUCGUCCUCCUCGUCGACGUCCUCGACGCUCUCAACGCCGUCGAUCGACCACUCAGCCGUCGUCGAUGGCCAGGAGCGCGACGCCAUGACGUGCCUGCCGCUUCUGGGGAGGCUCGAAGGGAGGGCGACGACUCCUGAUCGUGGCCCAAACCCCGUCAAGCAGGAAGAGCUGGUGACGAGCGAUAUCACUGGUACCACCGGCGCGCGGGGGGAGGCCGCCGUCGGUGUUGUUGACCUGAACAUCGGCCUGCCGGCGAUCGGCGGCUACAGCUCCGAGGAGGCGCCCAUGGACGAGGAAGACGACGAGGAGGAGGAUUUCGAGGAGGAGGAAGAGGACGAGAAGCCAAGGAAGUGCAAGGAGGAGGAAGCGGGAGACCAGCAAGCGAACAGUACUGAGAUGGCGGUGGAGUCCGUCGAGGGAGCCGAGCCGGAGUACCCCCGAGUGGACGGGGACGAUGGCGUCAGGGGCUUCAUGGACAGCCGCGGCCGGCGGUACUGGAUCCCGACGCCGGCGCAGAUACUCGUCGGCCCGGUGCAGUUCAUCUGCCAGGUGUGCAGCAAGACAUUCAACAGAUACAACAACAUGCAGAUGCACAUGUGGGGCCACGGCCGCGAGUACCGGAAGGGCCCGGAGUCGCUCAAGGGCACGCAGGCGGCGACGCUGGCGCUGCUCAAGCUGCCGUGCUACUGCUGCGCGCCCGGGUGCCGCAACGGCGUGGCGCACCCGCGCGCGCGCCCGCUCAAGGACUUCCGCACGCUGCAGACGCACUACAAGCGCAAGCACGGCGACAAGCGCUUCGGCUGCCGCCGCUGCGGCAAGCCCUUCGCCGUCAAGGGCGACUGGCGCACGCACGAGAAGAACUGCGGCAAGCGCUGGUUCUGCGCCUGCGGCUCCGACUUCAAGCACAAGCGCUCCCUCAACGACCACGUCCGCUCCUUCGGCGGCGGCCACCUCCCCGUCGCGCUCGACCAGGCGGCGGCGGCCGCCGUGCCGCCGAUCAAGCCCAAGGAGCGGAUCAUACGCUUCGGCCAGGCGGCGGCGCCGUGGAACGGAGCCCACGCGGCCCAGGCAUGACUGCAACAAGUUGACAUCUAUCAUCAGCACGCAUAGAGAGAUCGAAUAGAGUUACGUACAUCGAUUGGAACAGAAGAGGAUUACAUAUGCAUAUAUACUACUGCUCGGAGGCGUACAUAGUAGGCAAUAAGACUCUGGAGAACGAGGUUGCUUUGGAGGCUGUGAAGUAGAUGAAUUUUCUUCCGAAGGAGACGAGAGCUUCAGAGACUGGUAUGGUUAAUGUCUCUAGCUAUAGUUCAUCAAUUUGCAAGGGAGAAAAUUUCUCAGCUUCACAUGCCGAUAUUUAGGCAACCUUGUACCAAUGUAUCAUGCACGCAUGCAUGAUUUGAUUCUAUAUGAAAUCUAGCACACGUGUUAAUUAUUAUUAGUUUAACUACACCCUAUGGAUGGAUUUUAUAUUCAAUGGUGUAACUCAUUCGCAGAA